AUGUCUAAAAAGAUCAAACAUUUGGUGGUAGACACCACGGCUUUUAUAAAAGCAGAAAACCUAUUGAAUUUAUCAGAAAAUGUAUAUACUGUACAAGAAGUCAUAGAUGAAAUUACAAAUGAUAGACAGCGUCGAAAACUUAUCGUUCUUCCUUACGAUUUAAAAGUUAAAGAUGUAUUUACUGAAAAUAUUAAAUUUAUCACGGAUUUCUCAAAGAAGACGGGAGAUUAUACAAGUUUGUCAGCCACCGAUAUUAAAGUGUUAGCUCUGACUUACCAAAUUGAGAAAGAAAAAGUUGGUACAGAACAUCUCAAAUCUGAGCCUACUAUGCAGAAGACUAUCAAAGUAAGUGGUUUAUCGGGUUUUAGCCUCCACCCUGAAAACAAAGGAAAUAUUGAAACAGAUAUAGAAAAGGUUAAAACCACAGAUAAUUGUAAUGAAAUUAACCAACAAGAACCAAAUGCAGAUUCCAAGCAUGAAAACGAAGAUGGUCACAUAGAAAAUUCACUGUGUAAUGAUAAUAUUGCUGAAAAUAUAGCUGAACAAAUAAAAAGUCUAGACUUAAGAGAUGACAGUGAAGUUAAUAAUUUCAUGGUAAAAGUUUCGGAUGAUGAUGAUGUCGAAACAGAAAGCGAAGAAGAGUCUGGUAGUGAUGAAGGAGAAUGGAUAACACCAACAAAUUUAGCACAGAAAAAAAAAGAUAUGGAAAUAGGCGAGUUUGAAGAGAAGAGUGUGGAAGUGGCUUGCAUGACUUCCGAUUUUGCUAUGCAGAAUGUCCUUAAACAAAUAGGCUUAAAUGUAACAGCUAUUGAUGGCAGAAUUAUCAGGCAGCUCCGCACAUUCAUUUUUCGCUGCACAACUUGUUUCAAAACUACCAGUGUGAUGACUAAAUUAUUUUGCUCCAAAUGUGGCCAUGCAACAUUAAAAAAAGUUGCAGUUAGUAUUGACGAUGAUGGCAAUCAACACAUUCAUAUUAAUGGCCGUAAACCACUCACUGCUAGGGGAAAACGAUUCAGUUUGCCAACACCUAGAGGUGGGCAACACUUCCAGUAUCCUAUUCUUACAGAAGAUCAGCAUAUACAUAAGAGGUUCGCAACAAAAAUGGCGCGUAAGAAAACUAAUGCCUUAGAUCCUGAUUACAUUGCAGGAUUUUCACCUUUUGCUGUGAAAGAUGUUAACUCAAAAUCUGCGGUUUUAGGCAUAAGAGCAGAUAAACAAGAUAUUAAAUAUUGGAUGAAAAAUUAUUCAAAGGGAAAGAAAAAAUAA